CUGACAACCCAGCCACGGCGGAGGCAGCGCCACUCGACUGAAGACGACACCGGGAUCAUUGCUGUCUCCAAAAAUAUUUUUUCCCAAAAACGGCUCAGAAUUCAAGGCCUUCAUUUUUUUUUUUUACACACAAAAAUCUCCUCAGGGAUGCAGAAGCUGGCCAUGUGAAGUACGCUGGAUGCCACCCUCAGGCGGAUGCUGUGGUUCAGCCCAGGCCUGCUUCUCCUACUCCAUCCACAGGUGCCGCGGUGGAGCGAGGCCACAUGGACAGCGAGCGCCGUGGCCCGCCGGCCGAAUGCGAGCUCGCGCGCGGGUAACGGCACACGGGAGCCUAAACCUCCGCCGACAAUCCUCUGCUGAAGUGGGCACCCCCCUGCCCACCUACCCCCUGCCGGGGGCUUAUCGGAGACUGGGAAAUGAGUCUUUUGGAUCCCUCCAUGGAGCUGCUCCUGAUUAACAGGCUUCCGCACCAGGAGGCCGACCUCCGGUGUGAGGGGAAAGUUGUUUUCGAGAGGGAUUUGGGAAGUUUUUUCAACGCGUUAACAGGGGCAAAUUAUGCCAGCAGCACUAGAGUCCCUAUACCUGGUGACGUGCCGACCCUCUGGUCAGACCGGCCUGCAGGCCCCCCGCCGACCGCUCUCUCCUGGCAGGCCGCGAUCCAUGCCGCCAAGCAGGCUCGGGCCGCCCAGACCAUGAGCACCAGCGCCAGCUGUGCCGUCCCGGUCGCGUCGCUGUCCCAGAAGAAGAGGCAGCAGUACGCCAAGAGCAAGAAGCCGAGCGGCGGAACUAACAGCAGGCCACAGCGCGCCCUCUUCUGUCUGAGCCUCAGCAACCCCAUCCGGAGGGCCUGCAUCAGUCUAGUAGAGUGGAAGCCAUUUGAUAUCUUUAUAUUACUGUCGAUUUUUGCCAACUGUGUGGCCUUAGCUGUUUACAUUCCCUUCCCAGAAGAUGAUUCCAAUUCCACUAACCACGACCUGGAAACAGUAGAAUAUGCCUUCCUUAUCAUUUUUACAAUUGAAACUUUUUUGAAGAUCAUAGCAUAUGGAUUAGUCAUGCACCAGAAUUCCUACGUGAGGAACGGCUGGAACAUGUUGGAUUUCAUCAUUGUAAUAGUAGGACUGUUUAGCGUCAUCCUUGAAGUAUUAACCAAAGAGGGAGAUGCUGCAGGCCAAUCAGGUGGCAAGCCGGGCGGCUUUGAUGUCAAGGCCCUGCGAGCCUUCCGGGUACUGCGUCCCCUCAGGCUGGUGUCCGGUGUCCCCAGUUUACAAGUAGUUUUGAACUCCAUUAUAAAAGCCAUGGUCCCUCUCCUCCACAUUGCACUCCUGGUGUUAUUUGUCAUCAUAAUCUAUGCCAUUAUAGGACUGGAGCUCUUCAUUGGGAAAAUGCAUGCAACAUGUUACUUCACUGGCACAGUAACGAUGGCUGAGGAGGAACCUUCGCCGUGCGCUAUCUCAGGUCAUGGGCGUCACUGCCCCAGCAACGACACCGUCUGCAGGGACGGCUGGCACGGCCCCAACUGGGGCAUCACCAACUUCGACAACUUCGCCUUUGCUAUGCUGACUGUGUUCCAGUGCAUCACCAUGGAGGGCUGGACCGACGUGCUCUACUGGAUGAAUGACGCCAUGGGUUUCGAAUUGCCGUGGGUUUACUUUGUCAGUCUGGUCAUCUUUGGCUCUUUCUUCGUUUUGAACCUUGUCCUCGGUGUGUUGAGCGGAGAGUUCUCCAAGGAGAGGGAGAAAGCCAAAGCACGCGGAGACUUCCAGAAGCUGCGGGAGAAGCAGCAGCUGGAGGAGGACCUGAAAGGGUACCUGGACUGGAUCACGCAGGCCGAGGACAUCGACCCCGAGAAUGAGGAGGAGGGCGAUGAGGAAGGCAAGCGCAACGGCAACAUGCCCGCCAGUGAGACGGAGUCGGCAAACACAGAGAAUGCGAACGGGGAGGACGACAAGGCACGCUGCUGUGCCCCCCUCUGUCAAAAAAUAGCAAAGUCAAACUUCAGCCGGCGUUGGCGUCGCUGGAACCGGUUCUGCCGCAGGAAGUGCCGAGCAGCUGUGAAGUCGGUGACCUUCUAUUGGCUGGUGAUCAUCCUCGUGUUCCUCAACACGCUCACCAUCUCCUCUGAGCACUACAACCAGUCCGACUGGCUCACGGAGGUGCAAGAUGUCGCCAACAAGGUGCUGCUUGCAAUGUUCACCUGUGAGAUGCUGGUGAAGAUGUACAGCCUUGGCCUGCAGGCCUAUUUUGUGUCCCUCUUCAAUCGCUUUGACUGCUUCGUGGUUUGUGGUGGCAUCACGGAAACGAUUCUGGUGGAGAUGGCGAUCAUGUCCCCGCUGGGGAUCUCUGUGUUCCGCUGCGUGCGUUUGCUGCGAAUCUUCAAAGUGACACGCCAUUGGGCCUCUCUCAGUAACCUGGUGGCCUCCCUCCUCAACUCCAUGAAGUCCAUCGCCUCCCUGCUGCUGCUGCUCUUCCUCUUCAUCAUCAUCUUCUCCCUGCUGGGCAUGCAGCUCUUCGGUGGCAAGUUCAACUUCGAUGAAACUCAGACCAAGCGGAGCAACUUCGACAACUUCCCCCAGUCCCUCCUCACCGUGUUCCAGAUUUUAACAGGUGAAGACUGGAAUGCCGUCAUGUACGAUGGAAUAAUGGCAUAUGGCGGUCCCGCCUCUUCUGGGAUGAUAGUCUGUAUAUACUUCAUCAUUCUGUUCAUCUGUGGAAACUACAUCCUGCUCAAUGUCUUCUUGGCUAUUGCUGUGGACAACUUAGCAGAUGCCGAAAGUCUGAAUUCAGCCCAGAAGGAGGAGGAAGAGGAAAAAGAAAGGAGGAAGAACGUCAGAAGCGGCAGCAUAGAUAAGACAGAUGAUGAGAAAAUGGAAGACAGAGAUGCCAAGAUGCCAUUGGAGGGUUUCGAUGAGCGGGACUCCUACUCCUCCAGAAACAAGCCAGGAGACGAAGAUGAGGAGGACCCUGAACUUCCAGUUGUCCCACGGCCGCAGAGACUCUCAGAUCCGAGCCUUAGGGAGAAGGUCCCUCCCAUUCCUGAAGGCAGCGCCUUCUUUGUUCUGAGCAGCACUAACCCAAUUCGGGUGGCAUGCUACAGGCUGAUAAACCAUCAGAUAUUUACCAACCUGAUCUUAGUGUUCAUCAUGCUCAGCUCUGUGUCACUCGCUGCUGAAGACCCAAUACGCAGCUCCUCCGCCAGGAACAUCAUUCUUGGUUAUUUUGACUACGCUUUUACGACCAUAUUCACCGUUGAGAUCUUGCUGAAGAUGACUGCGUUUGGGGCAUUCCUGCAUAAGGGUGCAUUCUGCAGGAAUUAUUUCAACCUACUGGAUCUUCUAGUUGUGGGAGUUUCCUUGGUGUCUUUUGGCAUUCAGUCCUCGGCCAUCUCAGUGGUGAAGAUCCUUCGAGUGCUGAGAGUGCUCAGGCCUCUCAGAGCCAUUAAUCGAGCCAAGGGUCUCAAGCACGUGGUCCAGUGUGUUUUUGUGGCCAUCAGGACUAUUGGCAACAUCAUGAUCGUCACAACGCUUCUGCAGUUCAUGUUUGCAUGCAUAGGUGUGCAGCUCUUCAAGGGAAAGUUUUACCGAUGUACUGACGAGGCCAAAUCUAGUCCAGAGGAAUGCAAGGGAACCUAUAUUAUGUACAAGGAUGGUGAAGUUCAUAUGCCAGCCGUGCGAGAGAGGGUGUGGUAUAACAGCGAGUUCAAUUUUGACAACGUCCUGAUGGCCAUGAUGGCGCUCUUCACUGUGUCCACUUUCGAGGGGUGGCCCGCGCUGCUCUACAAGGCUAUUGACUCCAACCAAGAGAACCUGGGCCCCAUCUACAACUACCGCAUUGAGAUCUCCAUCUUCUUCAUUAUUUACAUUAUCAUCAUUGCCUUCUUCAUGAUGAACAUCUUCGUCGGUUUUGUCAUCGUCACAUUCCAGGAGCAGGGGGAGAAGGAGUACAAGAACUGUGAGCUGGACAAGAACCAGCGGCAGUGUGUGGAGUACGCCCUGAAGGCACGUCCACUGCGGAGAUAUAUUCCCAAGAACCCAUACCAGUACAAGUUCUGGUAUGUGGUAAACUCCACCGGCUUCGAGUACGUCAUGUUUGUGCUCAUCAUCCUGAACACACUCUGCCUCGCCAUACAGCACCAUGGCCAGUCCCCUCAUUUUAACUAUGCCAUGGACAUUCUCAAUAUGGUCUUCACCGGCGUCUUCACGGUGGAGAUGGCUCUCAAGUUAAUUGCCUUUAAACCAAGGCACUAUUUCGCUGAUGCAUGGAACACUUUCGAUGCCUUAAUCGUUGUUGGUAGCGUCGUUGACAUCGCCAUCACAGAAGUGAAUCCAACAGACACUGUCAUGGUGGAGGUGGAGGCAGGGAACACCGAGGACAGUGCCAGGAUCUCCAUCACCUUCUUUCGCCUCUUCCGGGUCAUGCGACUGGUCAAGCUUUUGAGCAGAGGAGAGGGCAUUCGGACGCUCCUUUGGACGUUUGUCAAGUCCUUCCAGGCCUUACCCUACGUCGCGCUCCUCAUAGCCAUGCUGUUCUUCAUCUACGCCGUCAUCGGGAUGCAGGUGUUUGGGAAGAUCGCCAUGGUGGAUGGCACACAAAUCAACCGAAACAACAACUUCCAGACAUUUCCUCAGGCUGUCCUCCUGCUCUUUAGGUGUGCCACUGGGGAGGCCUGGCAGGAGAUCAUGCUGGCUUGUCUGCACGGGAAACUGUGCGACCCAGAGUCAGACUACAACCCCGGGGAGGAAAGGACCUGCGGAAGCAGCUUUGCCAUCAUCUACUUCAUCAGCUUCUACAUGCUCUGCGCCUUCCUGAUCAUUAAUUUAUUUGUUGCUGUCAUCAUGGACAACUUUGACUAUCUGACUCGUGAUUGGUCAAUCCUUGGUCCUCACCAUCUGGAUGAGUUUAAGAGGAUCUGGUCUGAGUAUGACCCAGAAGCAAAAGGAAGAAUCAAACAUCUGGACGUGGUGACGCUCCUGCGUCGCAUCCAGCCCCCCCUGGGAUUUGGCAAGCUGUGCCCCCAUCGAGUGGCCUGCAAGAGACUGGUUGCCAUGAACAUGCCUUUAAACAGCGAUGGGACGGUCAUGUUCAACGCAACGUUGUUUGCCUUGGUGCGGACAGCUCUGAAGAUCAAGACUGAAGGAAACCUGGACCAGGCCAACGAGGAGCUGAGGGCCGUCAUCAAGACUAUCUGGAAACGAACCAGUAUGAAACUUCUGGACCAAGUGGUUCCCCCAGCUGGUGAUGACGAGGUGACCGUGGGGAAGUUCUAUGCCACCUUCCUGAUACAGGACUACUUUAGGAAAUUUAAGAAACGCAAGGAGCAGGGCCUUGUGGGUCGACACCCGUCCAAGAACACAACCAUGGCACUACAGGCCGGCCUCCGCACUCUACAUGAUAUCGGACCUGAGAUCCGUCGGGCCAUAUCAUGUGACCUGCAGGAUGAAGAUCUGGUGGACUUUAAUCCUGAUGAUGAUGAGGAUAUUUAUAGGAGGAACGGGGGACUUUUUGGUAAUCAUGUCAAUCACGUCAAUGGGGACCAGAGGAACUCCAUGCAUCUGACCAAAGCAACACAACGCCCUCUUCAGAUCCACCUACCACCCAACCACGGAAAGCCACCCUACAGCCACCUCAACAACUCGUGCUUUAAGUCCCCAAAAUCGACCAAUGCCAACCUCAACAAUGCCAACGUGUCUAGCUUCCCUGGGUCCAAGGUCCGUCGGCCUUCAACAAAUGGGUUCCCUGCCCGCGGCUCCUGCUUUAAAAAUGACCAUGACACACGCAAGAAAUCAUAUGCAAAAAGGACCCGCUACUGUGAGACCUAUCUGAGGUCAGAUACGGGGGAUGGCUGGCAUCCCGCCAUCUGCAAAGAGGACCAUUCUUUGGAGGACUACUCUGACCUGGACUGCUGCUCUCUGGAGUAUUACAGUGGCGAGGAGUUCUGUGACGACGACAGAUCCUGUAAAGAGGUGCAUAGCAACAGCGACCACGAUUAUGAAACCCCGAGGGGUUACUACCCUGCAGGCGCCCAUUGCCAUCAUGAAGACGAGUCCCCUAUUUUCCACGAGUCACGCAAGUCGCCAAAGAGACGACUGCUUCCUCUGACAUUGCAAGCGCACCAAAAGCCAUCCUUCAGUUUUGAGUGUCUCAGGAGACUCAACAGUCAAGAUGAGAUACCACUGUCUCCACGUCUCACUGCUUUACCUCUUCAACUAAUGCAGCACCAGGUGAUGGCUGUGGCUGGGAUGGACUCGAACCUAGCACUCUCCCCCUCCUGCUCGAUCUACUCCUGGGCCACACCACCUGCCACCCCCAUAAAGAAGGAGCAUUCUCCCUACUGCACCCCUUUGAUCCAAGUGGACCGGCCUAGAGGGGAGAGGAGGCGGAGCAGCAGCCAGAUGUCUGUGUACCGGAGCUCCUGGUACACGGAGGACUCAGACCGACGGCAAAGGACCCGUGUACCAAGACACCUGCAGAUACCGAUGGAGUUCUGCCACCUGUACGAGCAGAAGAGGGGGAGUGCCAGCAGCCUAGUGGAGGCGGUCUUGAUAUCCGAGGGGCUGGGCCAGUUUGCCAAGGACCCAAUGUUUGUCACAGCGGCAACACGUGAGAUCGCAGACGCAUGCGAGCUAACCAUCGACGAGAUGGAGAGUGCGGCGAGCCACCUGCUGAACAGCGGCACGCUGCCGGGGGCCGGCGGGGGGGAAGGUGGGUCGGGCCGCGCCCGCCGAGGGGACUACGAGCUGCAGGACAUCUCUGCUGGCUACAGUGAUGAGGAGUCCGAGCGCUCUAGCAGGAGGUACGAGGAGGACCUGGCAGAUGAAAUGAUAUGCAUUUCGAACGUGUAGCGCUCGCUGUGACCCCAAACACGGAAUGGACACGUGUUCAGCUGCCUGCCAAGAGAAGUGCCUUUUCUAGCAGAGUGCAGAAAGGCAAUUGCGGGUAGACGGGGGAGAGUAGCUGCGAGGCUGCGGGCCCGAGGGACAGCCCCGCCUGCUCUGGGACGGUAGAGCCACGCGGCCAACCGACAGCCUGCGGCGAGGAGUCGGCGGCCAUGUUCUUAGGCAGAAAUGGGAGCAUGAGCCACCAGAGUAUUGCUGAGUCCAAGGGAAGUGCAAGAAAGCCACUGCUGUGAAACUCAAAAGCCAGACAGGCGCAUGCAGGCGAGCAGUCAGCAAUGUUACAGCUGGUGGGCAUCCAGUAGGAUAGACUGCAUCAUUACCUCAGUCGCUCCAUUUUCCAUUGGCAUAUCAAAGAAAAUGGUCUUUCCUGGAGAACAUAUCAUCCACAAAGGAUGACGUGUCGCACUGGGCUCCGAGCGAAGUGUGGAAAAUCAUAAUGCUGCCCUUUUUUUGGCCACGAAACGAAGAAAUUACACUUUGUUAAUUUUAAAAUUAAAGUAAACCAGAAGAGCGCAAUCACUUGCAUUUGCCCCAUUAUCAUUCUAAGGAAUAAAUAGCUAACACGCAUUAACGAAAUAUGCAUAUAAAUGCUUCAACAGCCAAGUUAUUUUUAACACUCGGAAUAGCUUAUUUAUGAAAAAAUGGAGUGUAAAUCAAAUGUAAUAUAAAGAGAUUUCUAUAUUUUGUAACAGUAUACGACACAGACAGCAAUAUGUUGUGUAUAUAUUGUUAUACGUAUGUGUUUUGGAAUGUGUGUUUGCACAUGACAUGCGAAAUGAUGUUGCACCUGAAAGAAAAAACCCUCCCUGCUACACGUCUUCUUUAACACUGUAAACUAGUAUAAACAAACAUACAUACGAAGACCAAACAACGCCAACAGCAAUAAUAAUAAUAAUUGUUAUUUUUAUUAUUAUUAUUAUUAUUUGUGGAAUUAUUAGAUGAUCAUUUUUCAUAUCAUGUGCAAAGCCGGUGGCCAGGUAGGUCAAGUACGAUGUUAAACUGUUAUAGAUGCAGAAACUGCGGACACGAUUACUGGGUUGCAUGUGUUAACUAGAAUUCACUAUUUUAGUUAUUUAAGGAGAGAAACAUUUUAAAGUCAGUAAACACAGAUUUUUUUUUUAUAGUUCUUUAUAGAAACACCUUUCACUUGCUCAUUUACACGUUUAUUUUUCUUUGCCUUUUAGGUAAGUGGUGAUAAUUUGGAUGGACUAUUGAACAUGAAUGAAUGGACAGAUUAAUAUUUUUCCUAGAACAGCUGAAGAGUUUAAUGGAAAAUGGAUUCGAACCCACAACCCCUUUUAAAAUAUUAAGCCACAGAGAUUUAAAAUAUUUUAUUUUUGUACAGCAUCUACCCUUUAAUGCUAGAGCAAUAUUAUUUCCUUGCUGACCCCUGAUAAUUAGCCAGUGUUGUUUUUGAUAAUCCCUCCACACAUACAGGAAAAUGGAAUGAUGCCAAACUGCCUAACACUAUGCUGUAUUAGUUACACAGAAAGACCACCUGCCUAUACUCCUCUGCAUAUUACCUUCGGUUUUGUUUCGACUCCAUUAUACCUCCAUCGAUGCAAAUAUUUUACACACCUCUGAAUAAAAAGUGUUUCUGUA